UCGACCACGACCUUGCGGUCAGCAGGGUGGAAUUCACCCAUAUAUGUGGUGUACCGGAAACGAAGAACCUCAUUAUUCUUGGGCGGCACGAACUUCUUUGCGAAUUCUGGCGGGUGUUAGUACCACAUACUCUCAGCAGCAUGACUCAGAGGCACGUACUCGAAAGCAAUGGCAUCUCCCACACGGCAAUACGUGCGUAUUCUCUGUACUCGCGGUGCUCCUCCAGCUUGGCGUGACCCAUAGCCAUCAUGUCAUUCUCCUCAAAGUCGUCCUCCCCAACCUCGUCGGUGAUCAAAUCGGUGUCCUGCUCUUCCUCGUGCCAGAAAGAGUUUCUCCUAGCACGAACAGGUGCUCUCAGAGGGGCAAACUCCUUGUCAAUUUCUUUGACAAUCUGCUGCUCCUCCAUCUUCUCCUCGUUUGGCUUGUUCUCCCAGCUCGCCAGGGCCUGCUGAACGGCAGCCCGGUCGGCCUCGGCCAACUCGUCGUUUUCCAGAGAGUACCUCAACUGUUCGCCCAAAUCUUGGAAGACCUUGCCCUCGUAUGGCUCAGGAAACUCGAAAUUGUUGCUGGGGUCUUUCCAGCCCUUUUUGCGACCUGGGCGAGCGCAUUGCGGGGCGGUUGUGGUCAAGGCCCGGCGCAGGAGGGGGGACGCUGCAGGUCGUACUGAUAACUGUCUGCUAGCCCGGAGGCAUAGCCGGAGAGAAUUGGCGGCGGAAGCCAUCCCGGGAAGUUGGGGUCGGUCGGGAUCGGUGGAAGGGUGCUUACACGGGGGGCUUCCACUGCACGGCCGGAACUUCUCGUCGCCAAAAAUUUGGAGUUUGGCCCAGCCGCUCGGUGCUGGCUGAGCUGAGCUUGGCUGAGCACGAGCCACAUCUUAGCGCCACACUUGGACUUGCACAUUCCAAGUUGCGAGCACUUGCCAGUGUUGUGACAAGAGCCCUCAUGGCCAAAUGAAAGAAAUUUCUGCUCUUUGGAUGAGAGCUUAACUUUAUUUUACCUCCUUCUCUUCACUUCGUUCCCAGAAUUUAGUGGAAUUGCAAAGCUAAUAUUGACCACCCUCAGCAUUCGCACUGGCUAGCUCACAGCCACAAGAAACAACGACAACAUGACCACUUCAACUUCCAGGGCCGCUACACCACCGAGUCCUGCCUACUUGGUAGCUGACACCCUCAAUGAGACAGGGGACUCUCACCACGUCGGUUCCCAGCAAAAGCCCGACCCUGAACGUGUGAGGAACCUCUCAAGGUCGUUCGAUAUCGAUAUGAUGCCCGAUAACGAUAACGGGACAUUGCCGGCUGCCAUCACUAACAAGGACGCCACCUGUCCCGAUUCGGACAGGAGCCAAGACAAUGGGCACUACUUGGACCUCACAUCUAGUUCAACAUCAACAUCAACACCCGGUUCUGCCCCUCAAAUGGCCUCGACUGAGGAAUCCCCAGUCCUCUCUGGACGUAACUGUUUUGUCACCAUCGGCUCGAUCGCUUCUUUCCUGCCUCUUCUCGAGCAGGUCAUCACUGGCCCUUUCCUCACUCGCCUACAGGUCGCCGGGUUCAAGAAGUUGACAGUCCAAUGUGGUCCUAACCUUGCUUGGUUUGAGACUCAACUCGAGGCCUUGCGCUCAGGGGAGUUGCUGGCAGACUUGCAGGUGGAGUGCUUCUCCUAUGCUCCUGUUCUGAAGCCUUAUAUGCUGGAAUGCCGAGGCGAGCAAGGCAAGAGCUUGGCAGGGUGCGUCAUUGCGCACGCAGGUGCGGGAACCAUCCUCGAAGUCAGAAGAUAUGGGGCUCCCUUGAUUGUGGUGCCCAAUCCAACAUUGAUGGAUAAUCACCAACUGGAGCUUGCUGUGGAGGUGCAAAGGCAGGGCUGGGCGGUCCAUGGGAAGAUUGAUAACCUUCCCCAUGCCAUUGACAAUGUCCUACAGCUCAUCCAAAAAGGCAGGCUGGACCACCUUCCCCCAUACAGGCCUGCGCCGUUCCCUGUCCCGGAGGCAGAACGCUUCAAGCUCUUCGAUUGGGUGGUACUGACGUGUUAUCCAGAGGAGUUUGAGCGCAAGAAACACUUGCUGCAACUGGAGUCGCUUGACAAGAGACAGGAAACCCGGGAGAAAGCUGGAACUGGGGCUGGCAGCCCAACUCUUGACGCCGCUGUCGAGCCAGCUGAUGCCGCACGGAUGCAACUGGACUAGAAAUCCAACUGUGAUGGCAGCGGUGACAGUGUCGGAAAUUCAAAUUGGGCAGCGCGAUGUUGCCGUUGUGGUGAAGACUAGCAUACCGGACUCGAAGUGCUCUGCACGACUGAGCGAGUCGAUGCGAGAAUAUUGGCACGCUACGCCAGUCAAGGAGAAGUCUGAUGUGAACUGCCCUGUACUGGUAGAAGGACAGGAUUUGGGACGCCAGACAUCACUGCUGAAAGAGCCGAGAUCUCCGGCUGCCACCGACUGCAACCCCGCGGGCAAGCUGGACAAGUUAAUCGACAACCUUUUCUUGUCUCUAGCGAGAGCUCUUUGUUGGUCCUCAGACUGGUCUUUGCGUUGGUGAGGGUACUGUUUCUAAUUCUUGCACGCGCUCUCUUCUGGUCGGGUGUGGUGCUCUGUGUUGGAAUCGCCGCCCCUCUUUGGUUGGAUGGUCGCACUCUAUGCUGGAAUUGCCGCUAGGGCCUACUGUGAUGUUUGGGUACGCUUUGUGAUGGAUCUCGUCAGUCUGGUAUCUCAGUUGGGGAACGUACGAGAGUGGCUAUGAACGGAAUCGAUCAAUUCGAGAGAAGAGAGAGAUUUAAAAUGGAGAGGAGGAAGCACAACACCGUUGAAAUCCGCAUGAGACCGAGGGUAAACACUAGAAGAAACAGACGGGAGUUGGCUGAAUGUGGAUUUAUUGGGAAAGGUCACUGGGAGAGGGCAAUCUAACUGGGCCGGCGGGUCUAGGGAACAGAUUACCGACGCUACAACUGGUAGCUCGAGGGUCCAUUGAUGAACAUGUGUUGGGAGUUUAGCGGGAUGUCGAAGGUAGCUUUGCUCAUGUACAGAGAU